AUGGAUCAGCAUUACCAAAACAACAACAACAACCAGCAUAACUCUGACUAUGGAAUAGGCAGCAACCAACAACAACAACAAUGGGACAACAACAACAACAUUGAUCAAAAUAGAGGAGGGCAACAAGAACAUGAGAACAAUCAAAACAACGAUCAAUGGCAACAUCAUCAUGAUAGCGGUGGUAGUGGAGCAGCAAUGCCAUCUGUGCCUCCUGGUGUCCCAACAUUUAUUCCCUCUUCUUAUGAACAUCCCAAUGAAGGUGGUGUGCCUCCGUCAGCUUUCGUUGCCAUUGGUGUUGUCGGUGGUCUUGCCCUAAUUGCAGGCAUUGCCAUCUUUGUGUGUUGUCGAAGACGCAAGGAGAGGAAAAAGGAAACCAUGGCCAAUGCAUACCUUGAGUUUAGUCAAUCCCAACAAGCAUCUCAUGUCUUUACACGCAACAAGAGCAACGUCCCUGUAAAAGAGACUGAGGAGAAGUAUACCUAUUAG